AUGCCACAGCACGACCAGGGAGACAAGAAGCGGAGGCUUCAUCACGAAGAUCUUGCCGACGCCGAGAUGACUGUAGAGGAGAAGCAGCGCGAACGCCAAAGAAGAUGGUUGGCGAACGAGAAGCGCGAUCCUAUCAGGGCGCAAGAAAUAAGGGAGAAGAACACAGCUAACAAGCGUGCAUGGCGUAAACGGAAGAAGGAGGAGAAGGAGAAGGCCGAGCAGACCGGUGACGCGGAAGUUCAAGACCAAGGUCCUCGAAAGAGGCAGCGUGUCUCGUCACAUGAGACAAAUCCUGUGGCGGAGCGCUCAGAUUCAGCGCCUGUCGAUAUUCCAAUCGACCCCGUCCUCCUUAAUGAGGAAAACGUCGCGACUAGGCCGACUCCCCGUAUCAUGCUCGAUGCGGAGGUGAUGACGGUCGUGCCCGAACCCAUUAACCCUACAUCGUCAUCCCGCAAAAGUCUAAAACCACCUCCCCUCAUGCGCGAUGUAGAGGUUAUGACCGUCAUCCCCGAACACAUUAAUCCUACGUCGUCAUCCCCCGAAAGUUCACAACAACCUUCCUCACCCAACCCAUCCGUUCCCACAAACCUCGACUCUCGUGACCUCGCAACUCCGAUUAUAGGCUCGCAGGUGCACGAGAAAUCAGAAACCAUCACAUGGUCUGAUGGAUCUAUUACCGUGCUACCGUGCAUAGUCAGGGAUGGCGUAAACGUGUGCCAGGAAGAUGCUACGACGGUGUCUUACUUUGCAACCCUUCCGGAAUCGCUUCCUGAGACGUCAAAAAACGUCGUACACUUAAAGUACAGCGACUGGCGCACCAAAAGCCGGCAACUGUGCGACGAAAUCUCUGCGGCGAUUCGGGUAAACAAGGCUGUUGUUAUUCGAAAUAUAAGUAGACCCGAGCCUGCAACUCUCGAUCUAGAUUACCUAGAAGAUCGUGGCAUGUCAGACUUGAUGCGUGUAGUCGUACAUGACGCUGAACAACGCACCAAAGAUUUUACAUAUCCGCAUCAGCACGCGACUCUCGAAGAGUUCGUGAACAACAUACACGACCCAAACAAGAUUCAAUGCAUUCUUGACGUUGCAUUUGGACAGGGAGGUCUCCCGUUAGAACUAAGCACUCUCGAUAGCGGCAUUAUCAACGGAUGGAAUCAAACCACUGUUGACUGCCCCAUUGGUGAAAAAGUCCAUCCGGACAAUUUUACCGUCCAUUCGUGGGCAUUGAUCCAUGGCCCUGCGUACUGGACACAUCCGCACCAUGACUCUGACGGAAGUCUUACUUUUGUGCAAGUCGAAACGGGCGAAAAAAAAUGGGGCUUAUGGAGACACCGUAACGAAGAUGAAAUUUCUCGUACUAAACUCUCUGAGAUAGCACCAGAGUUGACGGAUCUCUAUCGAAGCCGCAAAAAUAUCGAAGAAAGUUGGCACGGAGAGAUCGUCACUCUCUUGCCCGGUGAUAUGCUAAUACAACCACCGGGACAGUUUCACGCGGUGUAUACACCGGUAGCCUCCUUCGCCACAGGAGGGCACUUUUAUAAUUACGAAACCAUGCAUCUAACGGAACUUUCCCGUUACGUCGACCAUAAGCAAGGAAGGACCUUGACAAACCAGGUCCAUGAACACUCUCUGGAAACCUUCCAACGUAUGGUUGUCAACUUACCGCGCAUCUCGCGUCGCGUUAAGCUGUACAGCAGGCCUUUAAUGGCUCUUUGUAUUAUGGUCUUAGAUACCAACAAAUAUGUGGCCGCUGGCACCGAAAGGCCAAAGCUCAAGACGAGCACGACGAAACGAGCGAAUGAGAUUGCAAAUGCAAUCGUUAAACAUUUUUGGAAGGAUUUAAAGAACGCGACAUCUGUGUAUCGCAAGAAGCAGACGGAUGGAAGUAGUAGCCAGAUGCAUCCGGGCGAACUCGUCAGUAGAGAAGAACUGUUGAAUUGUCUAGAACGCUUCACCACCCUAUUCUACGAAUUUGGAGAUUCUAACGACUUUGACGACUUUGACGACUUUGAAGACUUUGACGACUUUGACGACUUUGACGACUUUGACGACUUUGACGACUUUGACGACUUUGACGACUUUGACGACUUUGAAGACUUUGACGACUUUGACGACUUUGACGACUUUGACGACUUUGACGACUUUGAAGACUUUGACGACUUUGACGACUUUGAAGACUUUGAAGACUUUGAAGACUUUGAAGACUUUGAAGACUUUGAAGACUUUGAAGACUUUGACGACUUUGACGACUUUGAAGACUUUGAAGACUUCUGCGACUUCAAAGACCCCGGUGACUUAGGGGACUCUGACGACUUCGACGACUGUGAAGACUUUGGAGAUUCUAAUGACUUUGACGACUUUGACGACUUCUGCGACUGCUUCUCAUACUCUCUGCGAUCUCAUAUGCCUCGUAUCCACUCUACUGUCUCGGAGAAACCGCAGGCCGCUAAACCCAGAGGUCCCAUGCGGACUGGAGUCAUGUCUGUGAGCAGGAAACGCCCUGUUGAGUCGAAUACUCCGAAUGACACGGCAUCGACGUCCGACGCACCAUUGGCUUGGGCAGAGAAUCCAUGGGAACAGGCAGAAACAAUGCCUACACAACCUAAACGAAAUCCUAAAAUCGUCAGCUAUUGCGGGAAGCCAGGCCAGUUCUGGCCAGACGGCCAAGAGCCUCAAUUCAAAGGCCAAAAAGCUCGCAAGAGAAUAUUUGUGACUCAAGGCAAAUCUCAACCGCGCCAAGAGAUUACAAACAAUUACAAGGAGAUCAAUCGGCUGAAGGACGAUGCUCGUUCGUCGCAGACCUUUCAUCCACGAACGGGCGACAUCGAACUCUACCACGACUACUCCGACUACGAUGGUACCGACGAGGACGAUUUGUUUGAGUUAGAUGAGGAUAAAGACACGCCUUUCUCCGCAGCGCCCACCGUUCCUCCGGCCGUUACUACUCAUGUACCGGUUGGAACUUGGUUCGAUGCAGGCGAACAAUUGGAUCCGCAAGAUUUAGAGCUUAUGUCGGAGGUAAUGAAAAUACCAGAGCAGGUACACUCCAUGCUUCUACCCUCCUCCUCCGACGCCACUGUAGGCGAAAUCUUGGACUUCAACGUGCCCGAUAUCGAGGCUGGGUCCUUCACAGAGAGUGGAACGUCGUGCUUUGACAGAGCACGUCCAAUCGAGGAUCUAGACCUCACCAGAGGUAUACCUCCAAAGCAGUGGGUAUAUAGCCUCUACGCAUCUCUUGAAAGCGCGAUUCAGGAUGGAAAGCGGUCGAUCCUCGAUCCUCAACUCAAAAACAAACCGUUGCCCCUGUGGAUGUUGAACCUCUGGCAAAGACUACAUGAAGUUCGCGAGGCUAAGAUGACGUGGGUAGUUGCAGAUACCUGGUUGAAGAAAAAGAACGAAGAGAGCUUCAUUGGGAGUUUUUCGCCUUCUAAUCCUUUUACCACGGCACGUCAAGUUAUGCUUCGUCUACCUUACCGCAAGCAGCUUGUCGGGCUGUCUUCAAGCGGCCUAAGGAACACCACACAACUUGCACGCUUUCUGUCCGAUAACGCGUGGCUCUCAGAUACUCUCGUGGAUAUGAUGAUCCAGUAUACCACCCGCCGAUUAGUCGAAGCGCAUUCCAACAUCGUCAUAACAGACACUGAGUUCGCCGAUGCGAUCCGCCUUUCAGAACCCAACGUCAAUUCCUUGCCCCGCAGUUUCAAAAACUUAGAAGAGACGCUAUCGAAAGGAAAGGUUCUAUAUUUCCCAGUGUGUAUUCCAGAAGUGCACCACUUUGUUUCAUUCCGCAUCGACUUUGGACGGAAAAUAUUUUGCUACGUUGACUCUACUUCGACAUCCCAAAACGCAAUACCAUCGGCUCAACUUGAGUCGGAGGAGAAGAAGAAGGUGGAAAGGAGGCAGCAGCUCGUAAAAAGAUACAAAGAGAAAGCAAUUUCACGAGCAAUGGAUGCUGCGCGCCUUAAGAAAGACAAGGAGGACGAGAUGGAGAGGCAGGCAAUGGAGAGGAUCAAGCAGAUUGAGGACGAGAGGCAGAGUCAGGUGGAAUUGGAGAGACAGAAGCAGAUCGAAGACCAAAAGAAACA